AUGGCAACAGCCAACAAAACUCGGUCGGCAUACUUCACGCCUCUUGAACUGGAAAUACUCAUGCAGGCGUACAGCGAGUAUGAACAUGUAUUUCGUAAAAAGAGCAACACAGCUGCUGUGGCAAAAGAGAGAGAAACGGCGUGGGAGAAAAUUGCUGCUCAGGUCAAUGCGUGCAAACCUGUGGGUGAAAAACGCUCGUGGAAGCAGCUGAAAAUGAAAUAUAAGAACAUAGUUCAAACAGCCAACAGAAAGAAGGCAGAGGCCAGGAGAACUGGUGGAGGACCAGCACCACCACCUCUGAUAGAGGCAGAGGAGCUGGCCUGGAGCAGGAAUGAAGGAAGGCCAGUGGCUGAAGGAAUCCCUGGAGGGAGCUCUUCCUCUGAGCCAGCCACAUCACAGGACAUAAGUGCCUUCAUAAGAUGCAAUAGGCUUAUAUUCAUCUUCUUUUAUGCCUAUUUAUAUUUUAGAGAUAUUAUUCCCCCCUUCAUGGGUUUGUUAUUUAUUCCAACAGAUUGUGAUGGUGUUCUCACACUCGUGGACCCUCAUGUCACAGCAGAAGUCCUUGAAGCUGAGGAAACGGAUGAAGAGGACACAUUGUCUGCUGCCACAGAAAGGGAUCCAGAGAGGCCUACAGAAAACAUGGCUGGGCAGCAGGAGGAGGGUCCAUCACCUUCAACAGCACAGAUGAACACAUUACCUGUGAAGGACCUGUAUAAAGCUGCUGACACACCAACCAGACGGCCGACCGUUGACAGAAAAGCCAGUCGAGAUGAUCAAUUCACCACGAUGGCAGAAGGUAGUUCUGAAGACGAUAUGGCAGAAGGUGAUUUUGAAGAGCUGGUGCGCGAAUCCGAUGCUCGUGGCUACCUGUACGAGCCACAUUACAGCGAGGAACAGUUGCGGAUGAUGGAGGAACAAGAGGCUGCUGGAGCAGCUGCUGUAGCAGAGGAGCGAGACUUGCCUGGCGGACAUCAGACGGAGAUAUCCAGCUCCUGA